GCUGGCAGAACUGACUGAUUUGGGGAGACUAACACUGCCUUUGUCCCCACAGGCUAGAAGACACUUAUGGGUGUCCUUAUGACUUUGUCGAAGUGUUCGAUGGAAAGCAAGUUGCCUCAUUGUCCAUGGGCAAAGUCUGUGCUGGGGCAGAACUCACUUUCCUCUCCUCCUCCAAUUCCAUGACAGUGGUGUUUAAAAGUGACGCCAUGAUCACCAACACAGGGUUCUGUGCUCUGUACAACACUGUUCACCAAGACGAAAGGCAGAACGGUAUUGAUGACACAUCAAGCAGAGGACCAGCAGACCCCUCCGGUGACGUCAUGACAGCUCAGCUGUCCUGUUUGCCUCUCCUCUUCCAAGCCGUCAUUGACCGAGGUUAUCUCCGGAGAUUAGGCUACUCCUCCUGGGACAUCCAUUUAAAUGAUAGGAUGUGUCGCCCCCAAGUCACUGGGCGUUACCUCAUCUUCAAUAUUCCUUAUGGCCACUGUGGCACCAUCAGGCAGGAGCAUCAAGGCUCUCUCAGCUACUCCAACUCCAUCAGAGGCAGAACUCAAGGCCACCCUGGCCGAGUCAUCGUGAGGCACAAGGUGCCCCAGGUGAAGUUCACCUGCAAAGUGGAUGGCCAGUCUGCAGUGGGAAAUUGUGCAUGGGAGUGACUCUCAGAAGGAUGACGUAAGCUACGAUGUGUCGAUUUCAUUCCUCCAGUCGCCUGCAUCCCAGAAUAUGGGGGUUGGAGCUCCUUCCUAUACCCAUCAGAGGGAAGAGGUCUUCCUCCAGGCCACCCUCCAAAGCCACAAUCUCAAUCUGAGGCUUGUCGUGGAUACCUGUGUGGCUUCCCCUGACGCCAGUGAUUUCACAACUGUCAAGCAUGAACUGAUUCAGGAAGGGUGCAUCAAAGACAAUUCCUACUCCAACCUCCAUACCUCUGGGAAGAACGUGGCCCAGUUCAAGUUCAACGCCUUCAGCUUCCUCAAAAGCUACGAUGUGGUCUACCUGCAGUGUAAGGUUGCUGUCUGCCCGAUGCUCACAAGGCUGUAUGAGGAGGGGGAGGAGAGGCACAGGCUCUGCAGAGGCCAGCGAAGAAUCAGCUGAAUACAUCCAAACAGUGGGGCCACUGAAGAUCCACAGAGCAGGCCAUCAGAGCAAGGCCCUGGUGUGAUCUCUCUCGCUGUCACACGAGUGUGUCAGGAAACUGGAAGCAAGGUCUGUUUCUUACCAGGAAGCACUGUUUGGUAGCCCAGAAGCCAGACAUUGGCAGUACUAUCUACUCUAUCCAUUGAGAUGGGCAGGAGAAGCCAAGGGAUUUCUUCUCUGGGUUUGUCACUAACCAAUCCUGAGCACUAACUUCUAAGGCAGUUUGUCUGUUUGUAGGCAAAAUAGGAAAAUAAAGAAUGCUGAUUCUGUUAUUCCUCACUCUCAAAACCUUGACCAUUAGAAAAAGCAGGGUUGUCUCUCUUUCUCCUGUGGGCACUUAAAGAUUAUUUUUUAAAUAUCUGUUACUGUUUGAGUGUUGAUAGGUGGGUGGGCCUCUUUCUGUUUCUCUGGAAAUGUGAGAAUUCAUAUCCAAAUCCUGCCAGCUAUCAGAAAAUUUAAAUAAAAAUAAAA